AUGAAUGAAGCAGCUUACUAUGCUGGUGGCUCACCUUCCACUGCUCCUACUGCAUUUCCCGGCGUUGAUAUCUAUACAAUUUCAAGUUCUCAUCUACGUACAAAUAAAGUGGCCAAAGUGAAUGUUACUGUUAAAUUCAGCACGAACGAUACCAUUGACUAUAAUGAUCUGUCAUCACUCAGUGGAUUCUAUCUCAGUCCAAAGAAUGAUCCGAAUGCAAUUCAAUCGUUGUAUGAACGAGGAGAUAAAAUAGACAGCAUGCUGCCAAUUGCUACAGCGAUGCUAAACAAUUUAUUCUAUACACAAGUGUAUCAAUGUACAAUUAAAAGUUUACAAUCAAACUAUAUUCAAGCAGUAAUCGAUCAUAUCAGUGGUCUAAAUGGAGAGAAGCCAACACUCUGCUUAUAUACACCAUAUUCACCAUUUAGUGUGACCAUUGCUACACCAUAUUCACGAUUUAACGUGACAAUUGCUACACCACCAGCUAUAUAG